GCGGUGCGUUGAGGUGCUGUGGCGGCGCUGGGCGGGACCGCAGGGGAUCCCCUUCUCCGGCCAGAUAAGAGCCUGCAAUUUGUGUUCCUGGCAAUGGGCACAAAUGAAAGUUUUGAAUGAGGAAAUCAGCCUAAUUGAAACCAGUUGUUCCUCGGGGAACCCCAGUUGCUGUGCCCUCUGAUUCUAAAGGAGGUUCUGCCCAGGAUGGCGGGUCAGCAGGAGGAGACGGAGCCACUCAAGAUCCCCCUGGAGACUUUCGCCAAGAAGUGCUCCAGCAAGACCUACCACAGCGCUGGGCACUCCCAGACCCUGCUGAGUGGCCUGGGGGCUCUCCGGGACCGCGGCAUUCUCUUCGAUGUUGUUCUGCAUGUAGAGGGGAAGACCAUCGAGGCUCAUCGCAUCCUCCUAGCCGCAUCCUGUGAUUACUUCAGGGGAAUGUUUGCUGGGGGACUCAGAGAAAUGGAACAGGAAGAAAUUCAUAUCCAGGGCAUCUCUUACAAUGCCAUGUGUAAAAUCCUGAAUUUCAUCUAUACUUCAGACCUGGAACUUGGCCUCAACAAUGUGCAAGAAAUUCUCGCUGCAUCCUGUCAGCUACAGAUCUCUGAGAUCAUCCAGUUCUGCUGUGACUUCCUCAUGCUUUGGGUGGAUGAUGAGAACAUUGUGGACAUGUAUAGACUGGCUGAUCUCUUUGAUUUGUGUUACCUGACAGAGAAGCUGGAUGCCUACUUUCUGAAAAACUUUGUUACCCUCUCAAAGACAGAGACCUACCGCCAACUUCCCCUGGAGAAGGUCUACGCCCUCCUCAACAGUAACCUCUUGGAGGUGAACUCUGAGAAUGAGGUCUACGAAGGGGCCCUCCUUUACCAUUACACGCCAGAAGAACUGGAGACAGAUCAGGUUUCACUGAUGGAGCCUCCUAAGCUGCUGGAGACGGUCCGUUUUCCUCUGAUGGAGUUCCAAAUUCUGCAGAGACUUCACAACAAGUUAAGUUCCUGUCCGUUAAAGGAGACAGUGGCUAAUGCCCUAAUGUACCAUAAGAACGAGUGCUUCCAGCCGGUGCUUCAGAAUAUGCAUACACAGUUGAGGUCCGAGUUCCACUGUGUGGUAGGCUUUGGGGGGAUGCAUUCCACCUCAUCUACUGCCCUCAGCAACCAAGCCCAGUACUUGAACCCACUUUUGGGCGAAUGGAGGCAUUUCACAACAGCCUUGUCUCCAAGAAUGUCCAAUCAGGGAGUAGCUGUCCUCAACAAUUUUGUAUAUCUGAUUGGCGGAGAUAACAACGUUCGAGGUUUUCGAGCAGAAUCCAGAUGUUGGAGGUACGACCCAAGAUACAAUAAGUGGCUCCAGAUCCAGCCCUUGCAGCAGGAGCACGCGGAUCUCUCUGUCUGCGCAGUAGGCGGGGCGAUCUAUGCGGUGGCUGGGCGCAACUACCGGCAGGACCUUCGAGAGGUGGAAAAAUACAACCCCCAAACCAACAGCUGGGAAUACGUGGCUUCUCUCCAGAAGGAGGUCUAUGCCCAUGCAGGAGCAGAACUGGAAGGCAAGAUCUACAUCACUUGCGGGAGGCGAGGAGAAGAGUACCUCAAAGAGUUGCAGUGCUACGACCCGGCCACCGAUCGCUGGGACGCCUUAAGCGACAGUCCCGUCAGGAGAGCCUGGCACGGGAUGGCUGCGCUGCUGGGAAGGCUGUACGUGAUUGGAGGCAGUAACAACGACUCCGGCUACAGAAGAGAUGUUCACGAGGUUGCUUGCUAUACCCCAAGCACUUCUCAGUGGACAACUGUCCGUCCUCUUCAUGCCGGCCACGGUGAGCCUGGCAUUGCUGUCCUGGGCCACAGGAUUUACGUCUUGGGAGGGAGGUCUCAUAACCGUGGGAUCUGCAUGGACUACGUUCACGUCUACGACGCCGAGAGAGACUGCUGGGAAGAGGGUCCCCAGUUGGAAGAUGACAUUUCCGGGAUGGCGGCCUGCAUCCUUACUUUACCAAGGGCGGUUCUUACAGAAGGCGAAACGGGUGUGUCUGACGGACAACGCAAGAGAGUCCAGGAUUACUCGGGUGUGUCUGCCGAGGUCCUGAGAAUAUUAGACUGGGAGGAAUUUGAGAGUAUGAAUGAUGAUUAGACAUUAUUUUUGGGGUUGGCUUUUCUUAUUUGGACUGCCAUCAGAGGAAGCCUGGUGCCAUUUAGAAAGCGAAAGCCCUUCGCAAGAAGCCUUUUAGGGCACAGUUCAUUAAACGGAGGAAGGUUCUUCGAUGAGAAGCGAAGCAUCCUCUUCCUUAAGGAAAACAUCAGUCCAAUUGCCUUUUGCAAAAGCACUUUUGAGACACCAUGACCUGAAUGACUGAGAAUAUCUCCAUAGAUGUACAGCUCAUUGCUUGGCCAGUGGAAAACUUCCAG